UUGCUUCUCCGGCUCACGUGCCCCAUUGGCAGAUUCCUCACCGAUCAUUCGCCAGUGGUUACCGUGGUUCAAUCGGCCAUCCAAUCCGUUCUCGGAUCGAAUGAGAUUACCAGACGCGGUCACUCGUCUGCAACCACAACCGUCUCCGGUGCACAAAAUCGUCACGCACUAGCUCACGACUACACGAUCGAUCAGGAAGAAGACAACGAGUCAGAGGACGACAACGGAACUGAUCCGACUCAGCGUUUUCUUCAGAUCCCGAUGCAAACCGAGCUCCAAGCUGCCAUUGCUCAAGCUCAAGGAUUUUUGACCGCGGGAGGUUCGGGCGGGAGUAGUCGGGCCCGAGGCUCACCCCAAACUCCGAAUUCAUCCUUCGAGCCGACCAACUCAACUCGCAACUCUUCCAGUCAUACUCGGAUCACAUCCAGUGCAUUGUCUCAAGCUUUGGCCUCCGCCACAAAUAGUCUACGCCAAGCUAGUCACGAAACGCCAAUGGUCACCGAGACUGCAACCGAUUCCGGAGAUCUUUGGUCCACACAACUCGCACAACUGGCUGAGAUGGGAGUUACCGAUCAGCUGGCGGCCAGACAAGCAUUAGAAGCCACAAAUGGUGAUCUGGCCCUUGCAAUCCAACUGCUUUUUGGUUGA